UGAAAUAUAAGACUAUUGAGUGCAGAGGAGCAGCACUGGUGUGUGACUCUCCCCUGCAGACAGGCUCAGUAGAAUGGCCAUCACUAGGAUCCUGAUUGCUGGAGGGCUGCUGAGCUGCCUCUACACUCUCUGCUCCUCCACAGCAACACCAGAGCCGUCUUUCCUGGUGACCUUUCCUGCCCAGAUGAGGUCAGAGUCCGAAGCCAAACUCUGUGCCAGCCUCCUGAGUCCAAACGAGACUCUGCUCAUGUCUAUGUAUCUGGCCAAUGGAGACGAGAAGAAGCUGCUGCACCAGGAAGCAUCAGACAAGGACUUUCACCGCUGCUACCAGUUCCAGGUCCCUUUGGUGAAAGAAGACUCUGUGCAGAAAAUCAUAGUAGAGGUCAAAGGUCAAACAUCUCACUGGACCUUAGAAAGUCGGUUGAAGUUCAAGCCAAUACCUCGUCCUGUAGCCUUCAUCCAGACAGAUAAACCCAUAUACAGCCCAGGCCAAACAGUGCAUUUCAGAGUGGUCACCAUAGACACCGACUUCAUUCCACUCAGCGGAAAGUACAACCGCAUAUUCCUGGAGGACAGCCGAGGCAACACCAUUGCCCAGUGGCUUGAUGUGACAUCACAGGGCAAAAUAGUGCAGCUCUCCCACGUGUUAAACCCAGAGGCUCCUCAGGGCCCAUACAAGCUCGGUGUAGAUGGCAGUCAAACACCAUAUCAGUCACAUGAUUUUCAAGUGAAAAAAUAUGUUUUGCCCAAGUUCGAGGUUACUCUGAAGGCUCCAGAGGUCGUCAGUGUAGGAGCGCAAGAGCUCAAGCUGGAAGUGUGUGCUAAGUAUACAUUUGGUCAGCCUGUACCAGGAAAAGUUUCCAUAUCAUUGUGUCAAGACUUAAAUCAUUAUCGAGCUGAAGAUGAUAUAGGUCAAGAGACGUCUUGUUUUGUCACAUUAGCAGAGACGGGUGAAUCUGGUUGUGCCUCUCAUGUCUUUAAUAUGGUAAUGUUUACACAACCUGACUUCAGUAGAAAACUUCAGCGCAGUUUCCGAUUCAGUGCAACUGUAGCUGAAGAAGGAACAGGCAUCAGUCGGAAAGAAAAAAAAGACAUAAGAUUGGACUACUCGCUUGGGAAACUAACAUUUGUCGAUACACCAGGAGUGAUUGAGGAGGGAGCAGUAAUGGAUGGCAAGAUCAAAGCAACCCAUUACAAUGGCACUGGCAUCGCUCACAGAGUGGUCCAUCUAUUUCAAGGUCCGAGAUGGAGUUCAAAGCUCCUACUGAACCUGACCACAGACUCUGCUGGAGAGGCCCAGUUCUCUAUUAACACUACUCUUUUCCCUGGAAACUUUGAGCUCCUCGCAAGUACAGCAGCCGACUUUGUGGAAUAUGUUCCACGUGCCACUCCACAUUAUGAGACUGCAACAAAGUCUGUGUCCAGAUUACUACCAGCAUCUCCACACACAGCAUCAUACAGUUCUCUGACUAUAAAAGCUGUCGAUGAAACUCUUCAGUGUGGCAAAGACGUACCCAUCACCAUUAAGUACGCCUUCAUUGGAGAAACAUUCAGCACAGAGUCUGUGGAUGUAAUUUAUGUGGUUUUAUCCAAAGGGCAGAUUGUUCAUCACGGUUUUGUUGAGGCUUCAGUGAAGGGCUCCCUACCAGUGACUGAGGGUGAGGUGUCCUUCCAGCUCCCUGUCAAUGCUGAGAUGGCUCCCUCAUUGAAAGUCCUCGUGUACUGUAUCUUACCUAGUGAGACAGUCCUGGCUAAUAGCCAAACCUUCUCAACAGAGAAGUGCUUCAGAAAUAAGGUAUCGGUGCAGUUCUCCCCCCCUGAAGCGGUUCCUGGGGAGGAGAGCUCCCUGCAGCUCUCAGCCCAGCCUGGCUCUCUGUGUGGCCUCAGUGCUGUGGAUCAGAGCAUCUUUAUCCUGGAAUCAGGGAAACGCCUUGAUGCCCAGAAGAUUUUUGGAUUAUUACCAAGGUCACCCAGUGAAGAAAUUCCUUAUGAUGUUGAAGAUCCUCUAGAAUGCCUUAAAGUCAGACCCAGGCGUUCCUCCAUGCCAUACUUCCAUUCGCAGCGCCGUGACCGUGAUACUGGGGCAUUUCAGAUUUUUAAGAGUGUGGGACUGAAGACGGUGUCAAAUUUGGUUCUACGGUUCCCUAACUGCUUAAUGUUUAGGGGAGAGACAUAUCACAGGGGUCAUGGCUAUAUUGACUACCCUGUGGCCCAUAGGGAGUACGCACUCGCCAUGGCCGGUGCUUCAGGAAUGGGAGGCCGUUCUAAAGAGGAAUUUGGCGUGACGGUUCGCACAGUCUUCCCAGAGACGUGGAUCUGGGACCUGGCAGAGGUUGGGGAGUCUGGAGAAGCACAAGUCCCUCUCACUGUCCCUGACACCAUCACCACCUGGGAGACUGAGGCCUUCUGCCUGUCCCCUCAGGGCUUUGGUCUGGCCCCACCAGCUCAGCUCACAGUUUUCCAGCCCUUCUUCCUGGAGCUCUCCCUGCCGUACUCCAUCAUCCGUGGAGAGACCUUUGAGCUCAAAGCAACAGUUUUCAACUAUCUACCCAAGUGCAUCAUGGUCACAGUGACUCCAGCCCCUUCAUCAGACUUCACUCUGACCCCCUCCUCUGAUGGUCAGUACUCCUCCUGUCUGUGUGCAAAUGGGAGGAAAACCUUCACAUGGACCUUGGUGCCGUCUGUGCUUGGACUGAUGAAUGUCACUGUGGGUGCAGAGGCCACUCAGUCCCAGGGGCUAUGUGGCAACGAGGUUGUGUCUGUACCAGAGAAAGGUCGCAUAGACAUAGUCACACGCCCUCUGCUGGUCAAGGCGGAAGGAACUGAGAAGACCGAGAGUUUCAGUAGGCUCUUAUGUCCAAAAGGGGGCGCUCUAACUGAUGAGGUGGAGCUGAAACCCCCAGCAGAUGUAGUGAAGGGAUCCGCCAGAGCCUCAGUGUCUGUGCUGGGAGACAUCCUGGGUCGUGCUCUGAAGAACAUUGACAGUCUUCUGCAGAUGCCUUAUGGUUGUGGGGAGCAGAAUAUUGCCAUCCUCUCCCCAAAUAUCUACAUUCUGCAGUACCUACAGAACACUGGCCAGCUCACGGCAGAAAUUAAGGAAAAAGCUACCAAUUUCCUGAAAAGUGGAUACCAGAGGCAGCUUAACUACAAGCACGGUGACGGAGCCUACAGCACAUUUGGUGGAGGAGAAAGAAACACCUGGCUGACUGCAUUUGUGUUGAGGUCGUUUGGUAAAGCAAAGUCCUUCAUCUACAUUGACCAUGACGUUAUUAACAGUGCCAAGAGCUGGCUGGAAGCACAACUUGGUUUCAGUGGUGCUUACCGUAUGCAAGGAAACCUCUUCAACAACAAAAUGAAGGGAGGUGUAAAUGAUCGUGUGACGAUAACUGCUUACAUCGCUGCCACAUUGCUGGAGCUGAAUAUGACUGUAACGGAAAGGACCAUGGCAUUCUUGAAGUCCUACCACAGAGGGGAACCACUUCCAGGAGAUAUCAGCUCUUUGAUCCAUUUAUUUCUAAAACCGCGCAUUGAUAACACCACCAAAACUGACACCACCAACACCUACACCACUGCUCUACUGGCCUACACCUUCAGCCUUGCUGGAGAAGAGGCAAUCCGAGCUGAACUUCUGAAACGCUUGGACAGUGUAGCAACCUCUGAUGGGAAUCUACUGCACUGGUCUCAGUCCUCAUCAGAGCGAGCUGAUUCCCUGGCUGUGGAGACGAGUUCUUAUGUGCUCUUAGCUGUUCUCACCAAACCCACAGUGACUGCUGCCGACUUAGGCUAUGCUUCCAGGAUUGUCAGCUGGCUGGUGAAGCAGCAAAAUCCAUAUGGAGGCUUCUCCUCCACACAGGACACAGUGGUGGCACUGCAGGCUCUGGCUCUGUACGCCACCAAGGUCUUCAGCCCACAUGGCUCCAGCACAGUGACAGUGCAGUCAGCAGGUGGCGACAAACACCAGUUUGAUGUGAACCAGCACAACACACUACUGUACCAGGAGUCAGCACUGCAGGACAUUCCUGGGAAGUACAGCGUAGAAGUGAAGGGCUCCAUGUGUGCUUCUGUUGGGGUGGCUCUUUUCUACAACAUCCCCACCCCCACUGAGCACUCAACCUUGAGCAUUAAGACUCAAAUCAAGCCUCUAACUGAGGGAGAGUGCAACAAGGCUAAUGGACAGGCAUUCAGCUUAGACAUCACAGUCCAGUAUGAUGGACCACAGGAGAGCACCAAUAUGGCUAUAAUAGAUGUGAAGAUGUUAUCUGGUUUCACGCCGGACUCUGCCUCUAUUGAAAAUCUAAAGGGCAGCAUAUUUGUGGACAGAGUCGAUAACAAAGAUGACCACAUCCUGGCAUAUUUGUCAGAGGUUCCAAAGGGUUUCCCUACCCUGUACAAACUGACAAUUCGACAGGAUCUCCCAGUGAACAAUUUGAAGCCAGCAGUGGUCAAAGUGUAUGACUACUACCAAACCAGUGAGCAGGCUGAGGCAGAGUACCACUCCCCAUGUGCAUAAGAAGGUGUCCAGAUAUAUUGAGUGUGUGUGUGUGUGUGUGUGUGUGUGUGUGUGUGUGUGUGUGUGUGUGUGUGUGUGUGUGUGUGUGUGUGUGUGUGUGUGUGUGUGUGUGUGUGUGUGUGUGUGUGUGUGUGUGUGUGUGUGUGUGUGUGUGUGUGUGUGUGUGUGUGUGUGUGCGUGCGUGAACUUGGCUAUGUUUUUUCUGUUGAGAUCCAAGCGCAAAUGUCAAUCCAUUAAAGAAAUUAUGAUGAAUUUCAAUGUUAUGAGUAUGUGUAUGAUGACAAUAAAUAAAUAAAAAAGUCCAUACAUUUUU